AUGAGGUUGAGUGACCCCAAGAUCCAGCUUAUCAUUCUGGGCUUCAUCUGCUUCUGCUGCCCCGGCAUGUACAACUCCCAGCAGGGCACUGGUCAAUUCGGCCUUUCCUCUAAGGAUGCUGAAGUUGGAGCCCACGCCGGUAUCGCUCUUGGGUGCGUGUUCGCUUUUUCAUCACUCUUCGCUGGUGCACUCUUCAACAUCAUGGGCCACCGCCUCCUCCUCAUUUUGGGCGGGUUCAGCUACGUUCUCUAUGUUGGAUCCUACCUGGCUUACAACUACAUCCAGUCCGCCACCUUCAUCGUCAUUGCCUCAUGCUUGCUCGGUGUUGGCGCCGGUUGGCUAUGGACAGCCCAGGGCGCCAUCAUGAUGGGUUAUCCCAACGAGAGUGAGAAGGGCAAAUACUUUUCCAUGUUCUGGGUCAUCUUCAACAUGGGCGCUAUCCUCGGUAACGCUAUCGGUGCCGCGAUUCAGUGGAACGAUUCAGCCGCUACCGGUGCCAACACUGCCUCAUAUUCCGCCUACAUGAUCAUCAUGACUAUCGGUGCCCUCCUCACGAUCUUCUUGUUGCCCAUUGAUAAGGUCAUCCGCAAAGAUGGCACUCAUGUCGUUAAGGUCAAGUACUCGACUCCAAUUUCGGAGCUCAAGUCUGUUUUGGCUCUCUUUAAGGACUGGCGCAUGCUGGCUCUUACCCCGAUGUUCUGGACUUCCAACUGGUUCUAUAACUAUCAGUUCACCUCCUACAACGGCUCCAACUUCUCCGUCCGCACCCGUGGUAUUAACUCGAUGACCUACUGGGGCGCCCAGGUUAUUGCCUCGGUGCUUUUUGGCAUGUUCUUGGAUCGUGUCCAGUGGUCCCGCCCCACCCGAGCCCGAUAUGGCCUCAUCCUGCUGACUGUCGUCUUGCUAGCCACCUAUGCCGGAGCAUUCGCCUUCCAGACCACCUUCGGGCCCAAGGACCCUAUCCAAGAGGACGGCGUCUGGGUCAGGAACCCAGCGGAUUUCCACAAUAUCGAUCUCGUCAAUAAUACCAGCGAGUUCUUGGGACCGUACUUCCUCUACUUCGCCUUCGGAGUGACCGAUGCCAUGUACCAGGGUUUCUCUUACUGGCUAAUGGGUGCCCUUACCAACGACACCAACCAGGCAGCCCGUUUCGCUGGUUUCUAUAAGUUUGUCCAGAACUUGGGAACUGUCCUGGCUCCCGUUGUUCAGACCUCGACCAUCGGUAACGUCCCCUCGAAGGGCUACAAUGCUGAGCACGCCACCGGCAAGGGUAUGGGUGAACUCAUCGUCUGUGCUGCCCUCAUCUUCAUCGGUGUCAUCGGCGCCUUCCCCGUUGCCUUCAAGGCCGUUCAGGAGCACACUGUUGAGGAGAACGAUGACGUUGUUGAGGGCGAGAAGCAGGAGACCUCCAUCGACGAUAAUAAGGCUUAG